CCUCAUCGAUACUUUGCAGAAGCAAUGGAAGCAAUGAUGCAAACUCUAUUGUAGUUAAAGCAUAAAGGAAAAAAGUGUUCUUAACUGUACCAUACUCUUUCAGUAUCGUUCAAUGCCUAACAUUUCAGAAGAUGAAAAGGAGAAUGGUGCUGGAAAUAACGGAAACACUGAAAACAAACCUGGGAAAGAAUCCCUGGAAUCUUCUCUUCACGAUCCCGUGAAGCCAUACUGCAUUUCAGACGCCUCUGCUGCGUCCUUGGCAUCUAGGGGAGAUGGGCAUUACCCAUGGGGAUGUCCUGUGACUCAUACACGGGAGAAGUUUUAUACCAUCUGCUCAGACUAUGCUUUUUUAAACAGAGUAACGUCUAUUUGUAAAAGCCCAAGAGCUUCAGUUAGUGCCUGUCUGUCAGGCAGUGCUGCUUUAAACAUUGGAAAUAACACACCUAGCUUACUAGGCAUUCAAACUGGUGCUUCAGAGAUAAUCUACAGUGAAGAUGCGAACUUGGGAGGCUUGCCUGGCGACCUGGAAAAGCUCCCACUGGCGUGGGAAAUCGACAAAUCGGAGUUCAAUGGUGUGACCACAAACCUGAAGAACAAAGCAGGUAACAUGAAGAAACAAGUGACAAAGAAAAAAUCCUUAGACAAAAAAAGCAGACAAUACAGGGAGUGUCCUCAGCGUUCGGCUCUCGAAGAUGUGAAGGAGAGGAAAGUGUUGGACCUCCGGAGAUGGUAUUGUGUUAGCCGACCUCAGUACAAGACUUCCUGUGGAAUUUCAUCCUUAGUGUCCUGCUGGAAUUUCUUAUAUAGUACACUAGGAGCUGGAAGUUUACCACCUAUUACUCAAGAAGAAGCUUUGCAUAUACUGGGCUUUCAGCCCCCAUUUGAGGAGAUUAGAUUUGGUCCCUUCACUGGAAAUACAACUUUAAUGAGAUGGUUCAGGCAAAUAAAUGAUCACUUCCGUAUCAAGGGAUGCUCAUAUGUUCUGUAUAAACCUCAUGGGAAGAACAAGACAGCUGGAGAAACUGCUGCAGGGGCCCUUGCAAAGCUGACACGUGGACUGAAGGAUGAAUCAAUGGCCUACAUCUACCAUUGCCAAAACCAUUAUUUUUGCCCAAUUGGAUUUGAAGCAACCCCAGUAAAAGCUAGCAAAGCAUACAGAGGUCGUGUCUUGCAGCAAGAAGUAGAAUAUUGGAUCUUAAUUGGAGAGCCGAGCAGGAAACAUCCAACAAUACACUGCAAAAGGUGGGCAGAUAUUGUCACUGACCUAAACACCCAAAAUCCAGAAUAUCUAGAUAUUCGACACCUAGAGAGAGGAUUGCAGCAUCGAAAAACAAAGAAGGUUGGAGGAAAUCUUCAUUGCAUCAUUGCCUUUCAGAGACUUACUUGGCAAAGAUUUGGUCCUUGGAAUUUUCCGUUUGGAAACGUUAGACAGGAUAAACAAUCCCAAACACAAGGACAAGGAAUUUCCAAGUCUGAGAGUGAAGACAAUAUCUCUAAGAAACAACAUGGACGACUGGGUCGAUCUUUCAGUGCUGGCUUUCAUCAGGAAUCUAUGUGGAAGAAAUCUGAUCUUCGUGAGAGGAGGAACAGUGGGUAUCAGAGUUACAAUGAUUAUGAUGGAAAUGAUUAAAAUUAACUUUAGGUAAUAGAGUCAAUAUAUAAAAGUUAGUUUUAAUCAAGACGUAUUAGGGAUCUAUUAGUCCUAGAAUACAUAUGAAUAGAAAUUAUGGUAUAAGAUACAGCUUCAUAAUUAUUAAAUAAAUAUGAUAUGGUUGCAAUGGAUGAGAUCUGAUGUAUAAACUGACAGAUAAGCACAGAUUAUUGUAAUAUUGCAAUCAAAAGUAAAUAUGACAGCUGAAUCAAUCAUUUCUUUUGAAAUAAUUGUACUAUGUCCUUACAUGUGAAAACAAAAGAGCAGGCUGAAAUUAGUCAAUGUCACAAACAGACUUCACUGAAUAUAUUUGGUAUUCCAAAGCAUGAAAAUUUAUGAUAUGACUUUAUAAAAAAGGGUUAUUCUGCAAAUGGUGUAAGGAUAACAGUAAACAUUGCCUUCCUUUUUAACACUCUGUUUUAUUCAGGCUGCCCAUACCCAGCGAAAAGGAGAAGAAUCGCAUAGGUUAGAAAACCUUGUCAGAUUUACAGCGUGAAUGUACAUUCUCCAUUUAGUUCCCGGUAGAUUUCUGUCAGUCAGAUAAUCAUACUUUGUUGAGCAGGUCUCAGUUUCUUUUCCCUUAGCUGGGUGCCUGUUUUGGACUGAGAGGAAUCGCCUGUGGCAGGGAAAGUUUGUGGCCGGGACCGUCUUUACUGCUUCUGCUGGGUGGGUACAGCGGCUGAAUUCUUGUCCGGGAGCCCCUGGAGAGCACGGACUCAUGAAAUUCAGCAUUGAAAAAGCUGCAUUUACCAUUAGCCAAGUGAGCUAGCUGGAGGCCGCGUUCUGUUGGCAGUUCUUUUCCUCGUUCAGUCUUAAAACCUCUGCCGUUUUUCUGCUGCUCUUUCCAUGUUGUAUGAAGGGGAUGCAAGUGCGGGAAACUGCUGGCAGCCCUGAUGAUAUACCUCUCGGACAGCAAACAGUUCAAGCUUUUUCUGGUGUCUGUGUGCGGUCUUUUUGCAUCCUGUCCUCGUCCCCCCCCCAGUUUGAAAUGUAUCCAGUUGUUUGUCCAUACACAUCUCGGCAGUUGUGAAAUUACAAAUGUUUAUACCUCCUCAAGGAUUCAUUUUUCUGACAUAAAAAGAUUUGUCAUGGAAUGCAGGGGUUUUGUAGGCUGCUGCUUUUGUUAACCAAAAAUGGGAGACUUUUAGACUUUUGUUCAUUCAAUAAAAUUUUGGUUUGUAU